AUGUGGAUGAAUUGCAACUUUAUUGUACCGUCCGUAGUUCCAUUAAAAAAGCGUCAAGAUUAUAAUCGAAAAUACUAUCAAAAAUUACAAUACAAACGUGUUAAAUCAGAAUCAUUUAAUUCUGAAUAUAUUCGAAAACAGAAUGCUAGACAACAGAAAUGUAGACGAUUAAAGACGACAGCACAAAAAACAUCAACGAAUACUACUGAAUUAACAACUGCAGCUGCUCAAGCACCAUCAAAUACAACUGCACCAGCAACAGUCAGAACAAUCUUACGAAAAGCUGAAGGUAUUCUUCGUCGUCGAGCUAAUACAAGAAAAAUGAAAAAUAAAAACGAAAAAUUAUCUAAUGAAAUCAAAGUAUUACGUAAAGAAAAUCUGAAAAUGAAAAGAUUAUUAUCUCAAAAGCGUUCAGAAGAAACCAGUACUGCUGAUACAACACCAAUGACGUCACCAACAAAAUUAUUUAUCGAUAAUGUUAGUCCAACUGCCAAAAGACGUGCAACUAAACGAUUACUUAAUAAAAAAGAAAAUAUACCUCGUGGUUCUCUUUCAAAAUUGAGAAAAAAAUUAGGAAUAAAUUUAUCUAAUAAUUAUAAUCCACCAUCCAGUACACCAUCAACACUUCAGAAGGAUAUAGAAGAAUUUUUAUUACAUGAUGAUGUUACCAAACAAGCACCUGAUAAGAAAAAACAGUUACAUGGGAAACAAGUUAGAUAUUUAUUGAACCAUGUAUCGACUAUUCAUCAACGAUUUAUGACUGAAACUGGUAAUAAUUGUCAUUAUUCUACAUUCACACGUUAUAUUCCUGAUUAUGUGCUGAAGCCAAGUACUGAUGAUUGGGGUACUUGCUUAUGUAUCGUUUGCUUGAACCCACAGCUCAAAUUAGAAAAAUUACAACGUAUAAAAUUUCUAUAUCCAGUUCUCAAGGCGUUACUUCCUGAUGGUUUAACUGAUAUAACAGAUUUAGUUACAGAUGAAAUCAAAAUAAAAGAUUUUUUGGAUAAUUUAGUUAAACUUGAAGAUGAACAAUUUAACAUUACAUAUACUGAAUGGACAAAGAAAAAAAAUUAUAAAUCCAAUGUGCCUGUGUCAACAAAAACAACACUUACAUCAUCUAUUUCUGAUUUUAUAACGAAAUUUUCAAAAGAAAUCAAUGUAUGUACAUAA